CUUAAGAUGGCUGCCUCCAUGAGAUUCGCGUGCCGCUUCGGCACCGGGAAGCCUACUUAGAACAGAGUUUCCACCCCACCCACCUACUUUAAGGAGUUUAUAAAGCGGGAGUAGUGCUAAUUCUCCUCCGUGGUAGGACGAAGAAGAUUCCAAGAAGGAGCGGGGCAGAAGCGUAAGGCGCGCAUAAAUACGAGCGGAGAGAAGCAAAACUACCGGUAGUAAGAGGCUAGAAGACUUGGAAUCGGACUUGGAGUAGGACUUGAUACCGAUGAUCAAGCCUGUAGUGGGUCCUGCUUGUUUCUUGUACAGAUACAUUUCGGGGACGGACAAGUGGCAGCAAGAGCCGCGUGGAAGUGAUGAUGCGCCCCGCGUUGCUGUCACCUUGUGUUAAAAGUUGCUCCUGGGUACUUGUUCGGUUCUGGGCUGAAGGAUGUGGAAAGCCCAGGCAGCGGCGAUGCCUCUUCUCCAGUUCUCCCUCGCUUUCUUCGGCUUCCUAUUGGAGCAAAGUGGUUUCGGAGGCCGAGAAAAUUGUGGGCUACCCGACCUCUUUCAUGAGCCUCCGGUGCCUCUUGAGCGACGAGCUGAGCAACAUCGCCAUGCAGAUGCGCAAAUUGGUGGGAACCAACCACCCAUUGCUUAACACGGCCAGGGGCUUUAUAUCUGACACCAGGAACAAUUUGCAGAUGAGAGGUCUCGUGGUUUUACUUGUGUCUAAGGCUGCUGGCCCCAACUUGUCAAGAGAACACUCUAUUCAGAAUGAUAUUGUCAGUGGGAUAUAUUCCAGCCAACGAACUCUUGCAGAGAUCACAGAGUUGAUCCACACAGCUUUCCUUGUGCAUCGUGGAAUAGUAAACAUUAGUGAACUGACAUCCUCAGACGGAGCAUUGAAAGAUAUGCAAUUUGGAAAUAAAAUGGCUGUCCUGAGUGGUGAUUUUCUUCUAGCGAAUGCCUGCACAAGUCUUGCUCGGCUGCAAAAUACUAAGGUGGUAGAGAUAAUGUCAAGUGCCAUUGGAGACUUAAUACAAGGAAUAUAUUACGAAAAUUCAAGCUUGGGAAAGGAAAACAUUCUCACAGACGACAUCAGAAUAUCAGAUUGGAAAGAGAAGGUUUUCCAAUCUCAUUGUGUUUUGCUGGCAAAAAGCUGCAAGGCUGCAAUGGAGCUGGCAAAGCAUGCUGUAGGGAUUCAGAAGAUGGCGUUUAAGUAUGGAAAGCACAUGUCUAUGUGUCACAAGCUAAAUGCUGAUAUUCAACCGUUUAUCGAUGGAAAUUCAAAUGAAUCCCUGCCAUUUAACUUAAAUUCUGCUCCUGUAGUAUUCCAUCAAGAGUUUGUUGGAAGAGAAGUCUGGAUUAAGCAAAUUAAAGAGUUUAAAUAGGAAAUAGAGUGAAGCACCCCACCAGCAAGCACCCCUUCCUUCUUUUCUUCCCAGGGAACCCUUCGAAAAGUUCGACGGUGUGUAUUUUCUACAUUGCAAGCCCUGUCUUUCUGUAAGGCUGAUCCUUCAGAGCUAUAUUUGCUACUAUGGUUUACAUUCAGAGGUGGAUGUAAUUUGCUUGCUCUCAUUCUUUCUCAUGAGACUGUAAUUGCAUAGAGGAAAGUAAUGCAGAAUAUGGCUAAGGGCCAUGCUUCAUUGAUCCAUAAACUCAUCACAGUCUUUCUCAGAAGCAUAAGAAAUAAUUCCACUUGAGGGGUAGUUAUAAGAGCUAGCUCCUUUGUACAGGGUGUUUCAUGUCCACUCUCUUAAAGAUGUCAGUAGAACAUAAACUAGUAGACAUCUGACAAGCCAAAUGUGAGUUCUUAAACCUGAUGACAAAACAUAUGGGUUUUCUAUUUAGCACAGAGACGCGUUGGCUCAGUGGUUAAAGAAGCUGAGCUUGUCAGCUGGAGAAGUUUGAGACCCGAGCUUCGCGCAAGGGCACCCCAUUACUUGCUCCAGCUCCUGCCCACCUAGCAUUUGGAAAGCAUAUAAAUGAGAGUAGAUUAAUAUGUACCACUGUGGUGGGGAGGUAACAGUGUUCUGUAUGCCUUUGGCGUAUAGCCUAGCUGUGAUGGACACAUGACCAUGGAAAUUGUCUUCAGACAAUGCUGCUCCCUCGACCAAGAAACAGAGAUGAGUUGGACAUGACUGACAGAAAACUUUUACCUAUUUAGCACAAAAUGUUAGAGUUUUCUUCAAGUUUUGUGCAGCUUAUGAUUUACAGGCUUGUA